CUGUACUAUUGAAACUGUAACUGAUUCAGUGAAAAUAAUCUAAAAUCACCAUGGGUUGUGGCUCCUCCUCCUCGUCAAGUGGCGCGCGGUCUGCCAUGGCGCGGAGGCCUGACGAAGACGAAGAGCUGGUGGAGGUAUCAUUGUUGGAUGCAGAGGGAGAACUGUUGGAUUGGGUCACGGCUCGGGUAUUGGAACGACACUACGACGCGACAAAAGCUGCUUCUACGACGUCAGGAUUGCGCAAAAAGCGGGUCUUCGUUCUACCCACAGCGGCCGCUGUAGCCCACGGCUUUCCCGAUGGCACUGAGCUCAUGGUCGACGAGCGCAGAAUACGCGCUAAGAUGCCGGACGCGUAUCUGGACAACGAGUUUCCUUCGGGUGGGGAAGACUCGUCACUGUUUAAUAACCAUUCGUCAGCAAUCGGCCACAAGACCUCGAAGUCAAGAAAGCGUGGUUCUACUUCAGGUACAUCAAGUACCCAAGGCACUAAGCAGCAUCUAUCGGCACCCUCCCACACCGUAGACAAGAAUCGGAAUAAGAGCGCCGUCAUGCAGGAUAUAGAUAGCGAACUGCAACAACUGGGGGACGAAGCGGCAGCAUCGCGGGACCCUUUUGGGCGAUCUGGAGAUGUACUUCGUGAAACCGUGGCAAUGCUUCUCGAUGACGUUACCCACAUCAAAGCAGCUAAACGGAUGGCAAAGGAGCUGAGAGCGAAUUGCGCCGACGAUGGCGGCAAGCGUUAUGCUAAUCAUUGCUAGCUACCUGUACCUUUCGAUACAUCGUAAAUCAUAGUGUAAGUAUUCAUCGCGAUCGCACGACUAGCAGAAAAAACAGGCAGAUUGCUAGGUGAGGAGACGGACGACGUCAGUGCAGCAUCGCAUUCAUCGUAUUUGAAGUUGAACGACGAGAGGUGCUGUGUCUUGUACCGCGAGCUUAAUGAUAAGAACCUUGUGACAGUGACGGAUCCCAGCUUCAUUGUUCAUCUUAUAUCCGAAGCGAAAGCUGUUGCUGCGUUCAUCCCUAUGCCUGUGCGGCUUUUCGAGUGGCGUAUUGCGCUAAAGGCUCCGGACCAAACGCCCUACGCGCGUUCAGUCUUCUAUCUGCAUUGCAACUUCUGCAAUACUGCUAGUGGGGAAAGCAAAUAUCCGUUCGAGCCACCUAAAAUCAACUUCGCCACUCCCAUUUUCCACCCGAACGUUUCGCAACGGGGCAAAAUAUGCCUGAACACGUUGAACGACAAAGCCGAAUGGUCUCCGUUGAUGGGCGUGGAAAUGCUCUGUGUUGCUGUACAAUGGCUUUGCAUCUGAAUGCAUAUACUUACAACUAGUAUAAUCAUUUGUUCAUUUCUUGUAGAAAAGUCUCUCGAAAUUUUGUCAAGGUCGACAAUGUCAUCAGUCUCCAAGUAGAACUUGUACAAUUCCUUACAAUUCCUACUAGGUGUCCGCUUUGAUGCAGCAGCCCAACUGCAAUGAUCCGCUGAAUACGCAUGCGAGUGGCCUACUUUUGAAGAAUCCAGCGGAAUUCAAGCGGAAAGCGCGCGAAUUUACGAGAAAGCACGCUGUUCUAGAUGCAGACUUUGUUGACUACGCCUUAGGUCGGGAAAAUUUGUAUGUAGCGACGUCUAGUUUGGCGGAAGAGGACGACGUAGUUGCUGCGUCGAUCCGAAGUGCAGUGGGUGUAUCUCCCACGCCGUUGCGUAACGGAGCUGCGAGGGGAGGCUUGGGAGCAGGAGCCGGAGCUCCGUCUCUAAUAGAUAAGCCUGCUAUUGCUGCCCACCGAUACAGCCCGAAUCCGCUUUUCCAGGUGGGAUCGAGCAGCAGUUGUAGUUCAAAACCAAGAGCAGAAGCGGAAGAUGACUCGCUGGUGUCCAUACUGGAUUCGAGGAGAGGGAAGGCUAGUAACAAAGGUGUGUCUAGGAUGCCGAUAGGCGACGAGAGUCAUGGUUCCACCUCCGCGGCGGGACUUUUUUAUGGCUACCUCUGUGGAUAGCAUUCCGUCUACUUGCCUCGUUUCUGUCUUUGCGUAUAAUUCAUUGAACGAGCAGAAGUUGAUUACGCAAGAAGGGAGAAGCUAAAAAGAUAAGUAAGUAGCCAUAAGGUAUAUAUGGUGACGCUUUUGCCUGAGUAGUCUCCAUCUCACGUUAGAAGUAUGGACUAGCGGGAAGGCCUCUAAAUACUGCAUACAGACCAAUUUGCGGAUUAUCAGAUGAAUAGUGCUGGCAGAGCCCUAGACGAACGAGAAGCGCAGCGAAGAAUCAGGUGGAAUGCAGCACUAGAAAAGUAUCGCGCAGAUCGAGACGGGGGUGCCGGUGCUCGUGUUUGAUGAAGACCUUUUCGUGACAUCAAACAGUACUACUCGCUUUUGUUAGUAAGGCACUGAUAUGCAUGCAGGAAAACCUGGGUGAGACGGACGUUGUUGUUGAGGUAGCAGCUGAAGUGAAGAUCUUCAAUCACUAAGAAUUUGAUGCCUCCACCCGUCUGGGUGUUUAUGAAGGAUGAAUGCCUUACUGUCUCGGUGUUUAAAAAUGCUUGCCGGAGUGUCCCUUCAUUAGACACUCUAUGUAAGAUGUGACCGACUCCGACACGUGUGAUGCGGCUGUUUUGUACGACCGGGUACAUUACAAUAGUUUCGCUGGCUCUUAUACGAAGUCACCUGUUAUGUCUAGAGCUACACUGUAGUUG